GGUAGUUGAAAAUACCUACCUACUGAUAGACCUAAGUUAUGGCGACCCAAGAGCUACAUCAUGGGAAUGAGAAAAUUGGGAUUAUUGGGAGCGAUUCCAUGGGCCAGAGCUGGGCCAUUCUGUUUGCAUGGGCCGGUUAUAGAGUAUGCGUAUUUGACCCAGAAUCAGCACAUGUGAUGACGGUCUUUACGGAAAUCUGUAAAUGGGUGAAGGAACUGGAUGCAGACGGCGCUACCAGAAGAAACCGGACUGUGGAUGAUACUCUAGAAAGGAUAUCAGUUACAAACAGUUUGACUGAUUGUGUAACAGAUUCCAUUUACAUUCAAGAAUGUCUACCAGGUGACUCGAGUCUCAGGUCAGAGAUCCUCAAACAGGUCGAUGGUGUGAUGGGAGCUGACACUAUUGUCGGAUCCAGUGGGAUGACGCUCCCGUCCUUGCUGUCUGCCGACCUCACUAACAGACGGCGAUUUCUAACAGCUCAUCCAGUUGACCCAUUAAUCUACACGACAUGCGUGGAACUGGUCCCAGCUCCGUGGACUGCCACGGAAUCUUGUGACAGGACGUCCCAACUGAUGGCCAACAUAGGACAGACGCCAGUGAUGUUACUAAGAGAACAGGAAGGAUUUGCAGCUUGCGGGAUCGAAUCAGCAAUCCUGGAAGCAGGCUAUCAGCUUAUUAAAGACGGAGUCUGUGACGUGGCAGACGUGGAGACGGGGAUGACUGAAGGUCUGGGGAUGUGGUACUGGUGCAUGGGCAUGUUCGACGUUCAGCACUUGAACAGAAACGGUUGGCAAGAUUUCUGUAUCAGAGGCGGGGACAUGGUAUUGGGGAUACAGAAAGACAUAAAUUUUUUUGAGAGAAUGGGAGGCGAUACAGCCAGGAAUAUCGAGAAAGAUUUGUCAGUGCAUGUGCCACUAGACCAAUUGCAGAAAGGUCGCAGGUGGAGAGAUAGGCGCCUUUCAUCCCUGAUUAAGUUCAAAAACACUUUAGAGCAAAGGGAUUCUCAAGAUGGUGACAUUUGAAGUAAUGAAGAAGAUCUUCGUACGUAGAUACACCGUCUAAACAAGAACGUAUUUCAAGGACACAAACGCUGACCUCGCCCGAGGAACUGAAAUUAGUUUUCACGUCUGCUAGAUAUAAUAAUUAUAUCCUGUAUACAAGUUGUGAUUUUGAAGUUAUAACCUGUACAGACGCUUUUUUUUUUUUUUUUUUUUCAUACGGUGAAUCAGUUUAUUCAAUUGUGUUUCAAGGCUAGAUGAUAAUGAAAAUACAACCUCCUGCCACCCCUAGUUAAUCAUUUCUGGACUAGCCCUACAUAUUAAACCCUCGAGGGAGCUGUAUUUCUGAGAGCACUGACAGAUUUAUGGCUUGUUUUUGUCUGGCCUGUCGUUCCUUUGUUACUCAGAACAUGCACCAAGUUCCUAUUGAUCCUUCAAUCAGAGCCUCUAGAUUGUCUUUCUCAGAAACGUGAAAUGAAAUUAAGGAUAUGGUAAUGUGAGUAACUCAAGAAAAGCAAGAAAGCCUUUGUGACCGUCUUCUGUAUAAUUCAUAAUGUGUUCGCAGAGAAUCGGUUGAUUGGGACAGAUUCCAUUUGCCCGAUAUACGUAUGCGUAUACGUGUAUGUUUAUUAAUAAUGCAUAGAUAUGCACACGCGUACUGAAUGAAUGAAUGAAUGAAUGAAUGAAUGAAUAAAUGAAUGUUUAACGACACCCCAGCAUCCACUAUUUGGUGUCAAAACAUAGAUAGAUAACUAGUUUAACGUGCUCAUAUACCACUAGGG